AUGGUGCUAAACGAUAACACACGUCCUUCCCUGAGAGCUAGCUUGUCAGAUCCAAAACCUAAAGUUAGACAUGCUCUUCCUUCUCUUUCUUCUAAUUUCAGAUCUUCUACCACAUCUAAGUUACCUUCGAUGCAUUUCCAAGAACCUCAAGACGGUCUAAGUUGUGAUGCCAUACCACAUCACCACAGCUCUGCAGGCCUAAUUUCCUUGGAAAGGACCAUCAAGUCACCGGGUUUUGAUGACAAUGACGAAAACGUGGUAGUGGAUGUUCUUCCAUCAUUUGAAAUGUAUAAUACGCUACAUAGACACAUCCCACAGGGUAAUGUAGAUCCUGACCGUCACGAUUUUCCCCCAAACUACGUAGAAGUUCAAAAUCAGGGCAGUUCAGAUUUGAGAAAUAAUGAAUCAUUUGUCGAGGAAAAUUCUACUCUCAGUGAUACCAUAAUUAAUAGCAAUAAUAAUAACACAAGCAGUGGUAACACCACAACGGAAAGUUUAACCUCCGUAAAUGGGGCUGCAUUAACCGCUUUACACCCGCUCCGGACACAGCACAUGUCAAUACAGAAUACACGAACGAUAGAUGAAGAUUCUUUGCAAAUUCAAGAUGACAUUAAUGACAAUGAUAAUAUUGUAAUUGACAAAUUGUAUAGUUUACCAAAGAAGGCCACACCAAUAGAGAUAAGCAUACAUCUCACGAAACAUCCAUCGUUGCCUCCCCAUAAACCGGAGGAAGAGUCUAUUCUUAAAGAAUACACCUCUGGAGAUGUUAUACAUGGAUAUUGUACCGUUGAAAAUAAAUCUAGCGAACCAAUAAAAUUCGAAAUGUUUUACGUAACGUUGGAAGGCUACACCUCUGUUGUUGACAAAGACAAGAAUAAACGAACUGUUAAAAGAUUUCUUCGCAUGGUCGAUAUAAGUGCAAGUUGGUCCUAUACGAACAUCGAUUUAGGCUCUGGUUUCAAAAUUGUUCCUGGAAAAGUCGAUUUUGAUGGAUCUGUACUGGGUUUAAGUAAUCGUCGUAUUUUGCAGCCAGGUGUCAAAUAUAAGAAAUUUUUCAUGUUUAAAUUGCCGUAUCAAUUAUUAGACGUUACAUGCAAGCAUGAACAUUUUCAACAUUGUUUGUUACCUCCAAGCUUUGGUAUUGAUAAAUACAGAAAUGGUGGAAGGUAUGCAGGUAUUAAAGUUAAUCAUGUUUUGGGUUGCGGUCAUCUGGGGUCUAAAGGUUCGCCGAUUCUUGUAAACGACAACGUUGAUGAGAACUUUUCAGUUAAUUAUACGGUGGAUGCAAGGAUAGUUGGUAAGGAUAAGGUUACCCAUAAAUUGAAUAUAAUGAAAGAACAGGAAUUUUAUAUUAGAGUGAUUCCUUUCGGUUUCCAUUCUAAGCUAAUAGGAGAGAGAAGUUCAAAAGCUCAACUGAAAGACUUCAAAAGAAUUGUUGAAGAUAGACUCGAAGCAUUAAGAAAAAUAUUCGAAAGAUUCAAGAAUAAUGAACCAAUCAAGAAUUCAGAUAUUCAUGGUACAGAUUUGAGUGGUACAAUAACGGACGACAUUGAGCUGGACUCAACUGAAAUAUUGAAAAGGAAGCUAGACCAACUGCACAUUCAUAAUCGUGUAACAUCCAAUUUUAGUUCUGAUUUUCCUCAUAACUACUAUGAGAAAAGAAAUGAGGUUGAUGAGGAAAUUUUUGAAACAGAGUUGAACUAUAAGAUAAAAAGUAAAAGUUUGACGCAUAAAAAUUUGCUUUCUGGCUUCCUUGGUGGUUCCUCAGCGGUGUCCAAUUCGAGAUCUAACGAUCAAGCACAUUCUAAAACGAGUAAAUUCGGUUUAAUAUUAUUAUCUGGGAAAUCUCCAGAGAAUAGUCUCUUGUACUGGUCACCUUCUCUGUUAAGGAAAACAAAUUUGUAUGCAACCAAGACUAAAAAUGCUCAGGAGAAUUGGUUACGAUUGUUGCAAACAUGUCCUGAAAAUGAAUUGCAAGCUUUGACCAGGCUUCCGUUAAAUUUGACUUGCAUACAAUCUAAUAAUAGCUUAGAACAUGAACCUCCUGAAAUUCAUUCCAUUACGACAGAACUGAUCUGCAUGACUGCUAAAUCAGAUAAUUCAAUACCUAUCAAACUCGAUCCCGAAUUACUUAUGGACAGUAAGAAAAUUGCCAGUAUCAAAAAUAGAUUUGGAGCUUACAUACAAGCCAUUAAGGAUUAUAGUGGUAAAUUUCAUGAUAAUUAUGAGAAAUUCAAUAAACUAUACAAUAAGAACACUACAAGAGAGAGAGAGCUUAAAUUUACCGAUUUUAUCUCAUUACAAAUUUAUAAUGACAUUGAAAGUUUGGCUGAUUUGAAUGUCUCCAUCAAGCAUCUACCAGAUACGUUCAAAAAACAAAUGGAUACUUUGAAAGAUGAGGAUAGCAUAAGUGUGGUUAGAUCUAAUCCUAUCAGUGCAUCUGGGUCUGCAUUGAAAACGAAGACCAGUGGAAACGCUCUUACUUCAUUGAGUACUGCGGUCAGUUCUUCAAAGACCCCUGUAAAUUCAAAGUUUGUACAGCAGAUAGUGCAUGAAUGGGUCAAAAAAGAACCUUUGCAUUACGAAAGAGAGAUCAAUGUAAAUUUAGAGUUCAAUCAGCAACUGCUUGAUACUUUAGUACCUAGCUUCCAAAGUUGUCUGUGUGCUAGACUUUAUUGUAUUCGUGUUCACAUCAAGUUUCAUCACAUAGGAACAACAUAUAUAGAUAUCCCCGUGUCUGUCAAAAAUAUAAAAUGUUGA